AUGGUUUGGAAGAAUGUCCAAAUUAAGUUCCAAUUGAUAAAGGACAAUAUCAAAGGUUGGUUGGUCUCUACACUGGGAAAAUGUCUAAUGUUCUUAAAGCAUGGGCAUGUAAAAGUUGUGGGGUAUACGGACUCCGACUGGGCAGGAAAGAGGGAUAAGAGAAGAUCGACGUCUGGUUAUUUUAGUUCAGAGGUCGAGUUUCGGGCUGUGAUGAAAGGUGUUUGUGAACUGCUAUGGCUAAAAAGGCUUAUGGAGGAGCUUGGUUUUCCCAGUAAGGAUACUAUGAAGUUGUAUUGUCAUAAUCAGUCAGCAAUUAAGAUUGCUGAAGAUCUAGUUCAACAUGAUAGGACGAAACAUGUAGAGAUUAAUCGGAAUUUUAUUUAUGAGAAAUUGGAAGAAAAGAUUAUUGAAGUUCCGUAUGUUAGGACUACUGAACAAUUGACGGAUAUGUUGACCAAGGCCGUAUCAAAUCAAGCCUUUAUAGAUUCACUUGUCAAGCUGGGCAUCUGCAACAUCUAUGCACCGUUUUGA